CUGUCCACGGGCCACCGGUUGAGAAACACUGGUCUUAAAUACUAAUCUCCUCAUCUCGGUUUCACAGAGAGGCAGUUUCCUAGAGGUCAAAGGUCGGGCCAUGACCCCGAGGGAGCAGCUGAGGAAGAUGUCAGCGAUGGGGGAGCAGGGGGCUCUGGAUGAGAAACACUGGUACCGCCUGGUCAACGGCAUGUCUGCUGGAGGUAAGGCUGACCCAGCUGGUUUGAAUCUGCAUGUCUCAUGGCUGUGUUAGCCUGCUGAGUUAAAGCCCUGGGCAUUAGCUCGUUCAUCCUUGCCUAGAAAAUUCACUCAACCUAAUCAAGAGCUUUCAUACUCUUCCAUACCUUAGAGCCAGGAGCUAUUCACUGAUCUAGGUAAUUGCCGGGGCCCAGAGCGUUACCUGGUCAGUUCACAUAGUCAGUAGAACCUUUUGGGCCCUAGUUCUGUAUCGACUUCUAAAUGGCGUGACACAUCCACCACCGAAAGGACAGGUAUUUCAGAAGGUUAGAUAUUUCACCCGGUCUUGCAUGUUGGAGCUCGAAGCGUAAGAUUUUCACUGUACCCUGCAAUCACACCUGCAACCCUGUACACGUGACUGUUAAACACUCUGAAUCUGAAUGGUGUUGUGCUGUGUUGCCUCACAGAGCUACGUCAACGGCAGGAGAUGAUGAUGAGGAACCAGAUGACCAUGACUCCUCAGAUCCUGGCCCAGGGACAGCAGAGGCUACAGGGGGUGCCAACCCAGUUUGAGCCCCGAUUCCUGGAAAGAGAACUAGCUCCGCCCUCUGAGAUGGUAUCUUCUGAGGUCAGGCAGAUGCACAUGGGGGGUCACCUGGGUCCGCCCAUGCCCCCACACCCUGGCAUACCUGGCAGGGGCUUCCCUGGAGCUGGCUACAGCUUCAUGCCCUCAGAGCCCAUGGAGACAGUUGCCCGGCGACAGGAGCUCAUCCACAAGCAGAACAUCGCCAGGUACGGUCUGACAUUGACCUGCAGCUGCAUGUCACAGGGCAUGUCAAAGUACACGUCAUGAACAGUAGGGCUCUGGAAACCCCCUUCAACUUAAUACCAAGGGCCUGUUCCAUGCACUACAUUACAGAACAGUUGGCAGAUAUGAUUUGAUUAUAUACAGAGCCCAUAUACAGAGCCCAUGUGACCUACAAAUGUGUGUUGUUAUGUCUACAUGUAGUGUGUUGUUUUGUCUGAUUGGUGUAUUGUUAUGUCUAACUGGUGUGUGUUGUUAUGUCUGAUUGGUGUAUUGUUAUGUCUAACUGAUGUGUGUUGGUUGUUUUUCAGGAUGGAGAUGAAUGCCAUUCUCCACCAGAAGGAGAUGGAGAACGCGCAUCAGAAGGGUCUGAUGGGUAUGGAGGCGCCCAUGAUGUAUCCGUCUAACGCCAUGGCGUUCCGAGGGCGCCAGCGCCUCCCAGACGGCCACGACGUCUUCGUCCACCGCACCACCCUGGAGGAAAUGCAGGCCAACAGUCUCCUGAUGUCCUCGAGCCCCUAUCCACCAAUCAGCACGCUGCAGAGGGAAAGGAGCCGCAGGGCCGGUCGCAGGGCAACUAAUAACAAGAGCGCAGAGAGCCACGCAUCGGGACCAAAGGGCCAAUCGGAGGACAAGAGCGUGGAGCAGAGUCCCGGCGGUGCCUCGGGAGAGGAGAAAGAGGCGGAGGGGAAAAUGGACAUGGGAGGGGAGGCGGCCAGCAAACAACAUCCAACCAAAAUGGACACACAGCUCUCAGCGGGCAGCAGGAAGAGCUACAAGGAGGAGGAGCAAGGCCUGCGCAAGGCCUGCAUAAACAGUCAAGAUGGCUGCCCUGACGUCACCAACUGCAACAGUGGCGCCAGCGACAAAGACAUGCCUGGCCAAUGCUCUACGUUCCAGUAUCCAUUCGCCAGUGGACCUAUCCCAGGCAUGCCUUACAUGUUCCCUCAUGGUGGGUCUACUUUCUACAGUCUUGUUUUUGAUCAAACCAUUCAGGGGUUGUGCUGCUGUCUUUGAUUUGAUUUGUAUCAUUUAUUUGACCAACGACAGAUGUGACAGAUGUGAGCCGUAUGUGUGCUAACACACUUUGAUUUUUGUUUUGAUCAGGGCACCCCAAUCUCUUUCUCAACGGAGAAGAUAUGUCCUCUGUCCAAGACCUUAGGAAGUGGACAGUGGAUGAUGUGUACACCUUCAUCAACAACAUACCCAGCUGCUCUGAAUAUGCUCAGGUUGGUGUCUUUUCCUGGUCAUCAUCAAAAACAAUAGAGUAACUUCCUGCUUAAAAAUAUAAACAACAACAGAAUUCAAAUCUGCCAGGACAGUCACUGUUGUCUCUUAACAGUUUGCACCCUCCCUCGAGGCAUUCCCACUUGGCAGGAUUGAAUUCUGUUGUUGAUGAUUUUUGUAAAUAGAAAGUUGCCUCGCUGUGUCAUACUGCUGCGUCUACCUUUUAAAGGAAAUUCUUCUAACUGGAUAAACAUUCCUAUACUCCUCCUCAUCUUACCUGAUUAUUCCCUGCAGACGUUCAAGGACCACAUGAUAGAUGGGGAGACGUUGCCACUUCUGACCGAAGACCAUCUACUGGACAUGAUGGGACUGAAGCUGGGCCCGGCACUCAAGAUACGAUCACAGGUAUGCAAACCAUCAAACAGUUGGUCUCACAAAUUCGGACCAAAAGAUUUUGGAGUGCUCUCUAUUUCAUUUUCAAUGGAUUAUGUUUACAAACCAUUUUCGGAAAGAAAGUAAUUAUGCACAUUGUUUCAGCACAUUGCUUAUUAUAAUACCUCAUGGCAUCUCUCUCUCUGUCCCACCCAGGUGUCUCGACGGCUAGGCAGCAUGUUCUACAUGAUGAACCUCCCGCUCGCCGCCGCCCUGCAGGCCGCCCCUGAGAAGGCAGGAGGAGGUCGAUCGUCAGAGAUCAGCUCCCCUGUUAACUGUAACAGUGUGGAGAUGAUGGGCAGCCCGUGCACCAGAGACCCAGAGGGCCUGAAACCAACAGACUCCCUCCCAGAGACUGACAACCCCUCUCCCCCCUUGGCCAGCAGUGGAACUGCCUAAGGCAUCAGUGAGUGGGAGAAGAGUCAUCGGCCAGUGGCUCAGAUCCAAGUUGACCACUAGUCCCUAACACAUACAUAUAGACACAUACCCCAUAAGGACUUCAUGUAGAUCUUUAAGCAUUGGACGGGUAUAAGUGAUACAGUAAAAGCUGCGUCUUGCCCUCUGAUUGACUAGAUGGAAUCUUCGCUGUGUUGGAGACACCUGUCCAAUCCCUGCAGAACUUCAGAAGUGUAUAGGGAGUAGGGUUCAGCAAGUGUUUCAGCCCUAAGAGCUGUUUUUAAGCUGCUAACCAUUUCCAUCAGGCAAUGGUGUUCCGUUUUCUAGUGUGUCCUACAGUGUUUAAAACUGCUAGGGAUAUGAUGGCAUUUUUUUGUAUGUAUUUAGUUCCAGUUCAAAUGUUUGGUACUUUUUUCCCACCAUGUUUCAGAUUCAAGAUGGAGACAAUAAACCCCAAGCCAUUAGAAAUGUAGAUGUGGCUUGAUGAAGAAUGGGAAGAACACUGAAUAUACACAUGACCUCUGUGUUUGGGGAAAAAAUAAAC